AUGCCAAUUAUAGAACCGUGUUUCCGUACAAUUCUGCAAUUAUUUACAUCGUUUCCACGUACGGACUGCACGAAGUAAGCCGACUCAGGCGACCGAAUCUAGACAGGCUAAAGAGCAGCUAGGUUCAACAGACUCUGUGCGAGUAACGCGAACAGGCAACAGAUAGCAGUCGAAAGUACUCCACAAAGUUAACCAAAUACGAGGCUUCAGAAAUGGAUGAGUCACAGAAAUCUCUGUCAGCUCCCGAUUUGGACAGAUAUUCUCCCACGCUUGGAGACAAUGACACCAUCCUCGAAUCAUAUAAGGAAAAGAUACGGAUUUUGGAGGAGCAGUUGAAGGAGAAGAUUAAAUUGGUCAGUCCAAAAGCAGUAUUGGAUACAUCUCCGCCGGAAUCAAAGCCCGUUGUUACCGGCGAGUCCUCAGUGCUUGGAUGUUCGCCUCUUCUUGAUCCAGAGUCUAAGCAAUCACGCAUUUCUGAGCUUAACCCUUUACGACACCCAGAAACUGCAAAGGCAGACUCUCAUGAUUGUUACCAGCGGCCUAUGCCCCCUCAGUUUUCCCUUCCACAGCGGGAAAUGCUGUACUUUGACGGAAACCCUCUCAAAUAUUGGUUGUUCUUAAGAAGCUUUGAGAGUGGAAUCGCAAAAAGGGUUAGCGACGACGAAAGUCGGCUCUCUUACCUAAUUCAUUAUUGCCGGGGUGAGGCGAGAGAAGCCGUUGAGAGCUGUGCCAUCUUGGAGCCUAGCGAAGGGUAUCAUGAAGCUCUCAAGAUCCUUAGGCGACGGUUCGGCCAGCACCACUCCAUUGCCAGGGCCCACAUAGAUAAUUUGAUUGACGGUCCAGUCAUAAAAUCUAUGGAUCCUACCACCCUGAUGAAGCUGGCUGGGGAGAUGAGGAACUGCAAGAACACGUUAAAGCAGUUAGAAUAUUUAGCGGACUUAAAUUCAUCUAGGACGCUAGCUGCAAUCGUCAGGCGACUACCUCAACCACUUCAAUUUAGGUGGUCAGAAUCCGCUUCAUCAAUAUUACGCCUUGGAAGGGAGCCAACGUUCUCAGAUCUAACCGAAUUUGUCGACGACAGAGCUGAUGUAUUGAUGGUACACCAAUCCUACUCCUCAGGUCCAGUCCCAGCGCACAGUCGUUCUCUGGGCGAUCGAGGACCGAUGCAUAAGGCCUAUACGCAUCACACACAAACUGUAGCAGUAUCCACAGUACCUAGGGUCCCGACGCUGCGCCGGCAGUGUCUGCAGUGCGAGGAAGCCCAUUACACCGAUCAGUGUGGCAUGUUUGUCGCCCUCAACCUGCCACAAAGACUAGCUUUCGUUGAACGUAAUCGAUUAUGCCAUUGUUGUCUGAAACCCAACCACGAUGCCAUCAACUGUAGGUCGCGCAAGACAUGUGGUGUCGCGCGGUGCACCAUGCGUCACCAUCCACUGCUGCACCGGCCAGAAGACGGGGCUGGUGCGUCCCAAACGAAAGAGAAUUCAGAGCAGAGUAUUGAAGCAGCCCACUGUCUCACAACAUACGGCGCAGACCAAGUCGUUUCUCUAGGAGUGUUACCAGUAAAAGUGUUUGGUCCUCUCGGUUCGGUUAUCACAUAUGCUUUCCUUGAUAGUGGCUCAGAUAGUACUCUCAUCGAUGAAUACUUGCUGAAACGAUUAGGCCUCGUUGGCCGACCAACGGUGUUGUCAGUAUCCACUGUCGUUCAGACAGCAGAAGUGAGUUCCGAAAUAGUGGGUUUUCAGCUGUCUGCGAUAGAAGGGCAGGAGCCACUGGAAGUAAAAAAAGCCUGGUCCGUUAGCCAUCUUCCUAAGUUGAAGCGCUUUGCCCUAGCUAGAAACCAGGCAGCACGUUGGGAACAUCUACGUGACAUCGAACUCCCCCUUUUCGAAGGAGCGAAGGUAUCAAUAUUAAUCGGAAUGAAUGUACCUGCUGCUCACUGGGUACUCGAACAUCGAUACGGCGGACAUGAAGAUCCCUAUGCAGUUCGUACCCCUCUUGGUUGGGUACUCAUGGGACCAGUAACUGAGCAAGAUCGUCGAGGAGUGAACGUUGAUUUUUUGAGCGAGAAAGAUUCCGUCAUGGAAACGCUAGAACAUAUGUGGAACUUUGAUUUUGGUGAGCCCAAACCUUUGGAUAAGGCAUAUUCGGUUGAAGACAGAAGAGUUUUAGAUUUGUUCAAAUCCCAUGCGCAUCUGAAGCGAGGGCACUUGGAAGUCCCUCUACCCUGGAAGUUAGGUUCUCCCUGUUUGCCUGACAACGAGCUUGUUGCUCGCAGACGUUUAUAUGCCUUGAAAAACAGAUUUCUGAAGAACCCGGAGUAUAAGGAGCGAUAUGUUAAGGCCAUCUCUGAAUAUAUCAACAAAGGUUACGCAGAACCCGUUGCACCAAUAUCCACCGUCGUUCCCGGACAAUUUUGGUAUUUACCUCAUCACUCCGUAGUUAAUCCGAUGAAACCGGAGAAGCUGCGAGUAGUUUUCGACUGCGCCAGCAAAUACAGGGACACAUCACUCAACCUCCAAUUACUGCAAGGUCCAGACCUGGCUAACAGUUUGUGUGGAGUUUUGACUAGAUUCCGCGAGUUUCAGUACGUAGCGGUUGCAGACAUAGAAGCUAUGUUCCACCAGAUCCGAGUUCCGAAGGCCCAGCGUUCGUUUUUACGUUUUCUAUGGUGGCCGAAUGGUGACUUAGCACGAGAACUUGAGGUUUAUCAAAUGGCGGUACACCCGUUCGGGGCAACUUCUUCUCCAUGUGUUGCUAUCUACGCACUAAAUCGGUCGAUAGAUCGGGUGGUAGACUUCCCCUCAGCGCACAAUGUUAAUUACUUGCGAAAGUGUUUCUAUGUCGACGAUUGCUUGAUCAGCCGUGACUCCGCACAAGCCCUUAGGGAUGUAGCUUCUCACUUGAGAGCAGCUCUGCAAACUCACGGUUUCCGUUUACAUAAGUGGCGGAGCAACUCGGUUGAGGCCCUCGCGGACAUCCCUGAGGAAGAGCGAGUCGACGGGGGAAUCUGCCUCGAUCUUAAGCCAGCCGAUACCCACAGAACACUAGGUGUCGAAUGGAACAAGUCUACGGACUCAUUCAGAUUCACAGUCAAGUGGCCUACAGAGACGAUUACUAGAAGAACGAUGCUCUCGUAUAUCUCAACCCUCUAUGACCCACUUGGGUUCGUUGCUCCUGUUUUGUUGCCGGCCAAGUUGCUGCUGCAGCAGUUGUGCCGCUCCAAUCUCGGAUGGGACGACAGGAUCGACGCUGAGCACGCGCGACAGUGGUUUAACUGGACGAAACAGUUUCAGGGUCUUAGCAGUGUUCGAAUCCAACGCUGUUUGACCCCGGUCGGUUUGGAUAUUGUCGAGCAGUAUCAACUACACGGUUUNCAAAGGGGCUGAGAACGAACUGAAGGAAUUGCUGAAGAAAUGGAACCAGGAUCGAAUAGCUAGCUCUCUUGCGGAGAAGGGAUGCGAUUGGAUCUUCACGCCGCCGACAGCAAGUCAUCGGGGAGGAGUAUGGGAGCGCCUGAUACGGUCCGUCAGACGGAUUUUACGUUCAAUUUUGGGUUCGCAAGUGGUCACAGAUGAGGUCUUCGUAACAACCAUAACCGAGACAGAGAAGAUAAUGAAUGACCGGCCGCUGGUUAAGAACAGUACGGACCCGAACGAGUACGCUGUACUCACUCCCCAGCACUUUUUGCUGAGUACUCGGAACCUUUCAUCAUCUGUUGAGGAAUGCAGUCCCUCUAGACUUAACAGACGGUGGCGGCAAGCCCAACAUCUUGCUGAUAUAUUCUGGAAAAGGUGGAUCACUGCCUACUUACCAUCGUUGCAAGCUAGACAAAAGUGGAUCGGUGAGGCCCCGCAGCUCCGUAUUGGAGAUCUGGUCCUUGUGGUCGACAAAGGAGCGCCACGAGGACACUGGAAGAAGGCCAUAGUGGAAAAGCUGCUCGAAUCAAAGGACGGAAGGGUGAGAGAUGUUGAACUGAGGACGCAACAUGGGAAAUUAGUGAGAGACGUGCGCAGUUUGUGCCUGUUAGAGAACCACGAACCAAGCGAUGAAUGAUAUCCGCGCCAACGACAGCCGCAAAUUUUGGGUGGGCGUGUACGUUCCCACGUAUGUUUUCCCAUUUUUAUUGGCACAUUUUACCACAUACUUCGCAUUUUUUGUUUGCCUCGGAAAAUUAUGGCCUUCUGUUUUCCCCCAACCUUCGUACUAUUUGUUUGAAUCUCCCGUUUUUCAUCCCGCGCAACUUGACGCUGCCCGUCUGACUAUACGCCAUCUUUCUGACUGUACGCCUGGAGACAUUUGGUUGUAAGUGUAACAUUUAAACCUUGAUAAUCAUGCCAAUUAUAGAACCGUGUUUCCGUACAAUUCUGCAAUUAUUUACAUCGUUUCCACGUACGGACUGCACGAAGUAAGCCGACUCAGGCGACCGAAUCUAGACAGGCUAAAGAGCAGCUAGGUUCAACAGACUCUGUGCGAGUAACGCGAACAGGCAACAGAUAGCAGUCGAAAGUACUCCACAGUAGUUAUGUACUUUGAUCUUAGCAAAGCCUUUGACAAGAUGCCCCACAGACGUCUUUUAGUAAAAUUUGAAGCCCUCGGCAUCCGGCCGCCUCUACUCGACUUCAUCAGGUCCUAUCUGUCCAACCGAUAUCAGAAAGUCAUGGUCGGUAAUAGCUACUCGACACCCCACUCGAUCACGAGUGUCGUACUUCAAGGCACGGUCCUGUGUCCGCUACUCUUUCUUCUGUACAUCAAUGAUAUUUCGACUAAACUCGGAAAUUCGCAAACUUUUACUUAUGCCGAUGACCUCAAGUGUGUUUACUCAUACUCUAAGGACACCGCAAAUGUUUGUGUUGAAAAAAUUAAUGCCGAUUUACUACGCUUAAGCAGAUGGGGUUCGACAUGGCAGAUGGAGUUUUCAUCAUCCAAGUGUAGUUUCAUGUCUUUUGGUCCUACCAAACUUCCUGGUCCCAUGAUUUUUCAGAAUAACCCACUCUCAAAAUGCCUCACCAUAAAGGACCUAGGUCUAAGUAAUACAAAUAAACUUGCUUUAUCACCUCAUGCAGAUAGAAUCUCUGCCAAAGCCGCGCAGAUAUGUGGAUUCAUAUCGCAUAAUUUUUUCCUUCCGGAAAUGAAGCUAAGACUUUAUCAAAUGUUUGUUCUUCCAGUCCUCGAAUACUGCUGUCCUUUCUUCGGUUUAAUGAACACCUGUGACCGUAAUAAAAUCGAAAAUGUUCAGAGGGUUUUCACCCGGAAACUGUUCUCUCAAGAUUCGUCCAGUAUUUCUUGUACUCAGAGAUGUCAGCUGGCGAACAUUAAGUUUUUGUGGGUUAGAAGACUCGAAGCUGGCCUUUGCUUCCUUUUUCGCAUCAACUCUAGCUCCAGUCUUCCGCUCAUUGACACUCUCACUCCGAGAGAUCGGUCUUAUGCCACGCGCAACUCCUGCAUGGUGAUUCCGCCGCCUCUUUGUACUACAUCUAAGCGCUCCCUCUUCUUUGCUUCCAAAUAUGCCUUCCUUUGGAAUAAUCUUCCGCCUGAAAUUAGAUUAUCGCCUAAGUUAUUGGUAUUCAAGUCGAAAUUACGCAAACAUCUUACACCGGAAAGCAUAAGGGCACUGUUAACGGUCUCAUUCCCGAACACUCAGAUUCUUGACUUCGAGAAGGGUCCUCCUGGGAUUUAGUGGUAGAUCUAGUGGUAACUCUUAAUUAUAUCAUCAGAAACCCC